AUGCGCCAAGUAGAAUUCUACUUGAGUGAAAGCAACUUGAGACGUGACCACUUUUUUCGUCAGGAAGCAGAGAAAAGACCAGAUAAUGGGAUUCUCAUCGACUCACUCCUCAAAUGCAACAGACUGCAGCAGAUGCAAGCCACACGAGGACUUUUAAUACGCGCCUUGAAGAAAUCUAGUCUCGUACAGCUUUCCGAUGAUGGCGAUGCUGUCAUCAGAUGCUACCCUUUGACCGACCUGGGACCUCCGGAAAAGCGCACCGUCUUAGUUACUGGUCUUCCGCGUUGGUCUCAUGAACCAGGGACAGCUGAAUGUUUGAACCCCUUGCCCGAACAGGGUAUUCAAGAAGCUUGUUCGACUUCGAUUCUAGCUCAACCGUCUAAUCAACUUUUGAGUCUAAUGGAUUGGUUGUACGACGUUCUCGGUGAAUUUGGUCGCGUAUUGCAUGUAAACAUUCCCAGGUACCAUUCUUCAAGCAUGCUCCGAGGUUUCGCCUUUGUCGAGUUUUCUAAUCGAAAGGAAGCAAAAGCAGCGAUUAAAAAUUUUUUCCCCAACGACGAAACAGAAUCAUGGUUUGUCUCUCCUAGCCCUUCCGCUGGCCCCGUUUCCCACGCAGCAUGGACUCCCCGCAUGGCUGCUAAGGCUUCAUUCCGGCCGGAGGAUAUGCUUGCGCGACGUUACAUCUGGCGUUGUUGUUCACGAAGAAACAAGCAAAUCAUCAGUGCUUUUCGACAUCUGCGGGCCGCUGGGUACCGCGCCCCCAACCCUUGCGAUCGAGAAUAUGAGCUGAUUACGCUCGGUGCGAAUUCAGAGGAAAUGCGCACGCAGCAUCUACGUGAUUGCUACGGGGAGCCUGUGAGGGAGCGACUUCGGGUGUUUUGUCAUUCCGAGUGGGAGUUCUGGAAGUCCAAAUUUUACACUUGGCUUCGCGGCUGGAUUGAACGCAUGAAUCGGAAAACCGAGGAGCUAUCACUAGAUGUGGAACAGGUUGCGACGGACCCGAAUGGUGACACUCAAGAGACUUAUUCACGAUCCCACGGCGAAGCAUGUAUCACCAAACCGCCUAGUGAGGUGGCGCUUCUGCAGGAUCCUGCAGGCCAGCCAACUACGGACUCACUCACCAAUGACUUUGAGUCUCAGAAGGAAGCGUUACGUUUACCGAAGAACUAUGUCCCCGGGGCAGUUGUGCUGAUAUUUUGGCCAUCAGUGGCGGUCUCUGAUGCGGACCAGAUUGUUCCCCUUUCGAGCACGCCCGAAGAUCAAGUCCCUGUCCCUAAGCCGACGCUCAGUUUAACUCGACGUAUACGCCUCAGCAUAGAACAAUAUUUGUCCGAAUGCGGAUUACUAAAUGAAGUAGCCCAUUUCGACUCACAACCCAGCGAUCUCACUUUGAGCAGUGUUCUUACGACGUUAGAUUCUUGCUCCGAAUCGCCUUCAGAUAUUUAUCCCGUGUUUAUUAGAAUGAAAUCUAGUUCCGCCGCUCGUCAACUCUGCGAUUACUUUGAAACCCUCAUUCUACCUCCUAGCUCGCAGCCAGUUCGUGUCAAAGUGCUUCCGGACUUAAGCGAAAUCGCUUACUGGUCAGUUGUCUCGAAGUCGACUGUUGGAGCUGCUGAACGUCGGCGACUAGUUCAGCUCAGACGUCGUAAACGCAAAAGACGGCCUUGUAAUCAUGCCCAACCGGACGAUCAAGUUGAUCCCUCUUCUAGCUCGUUCUCUAAGCGUUUCGUGCUUCCUCUUCAAAACCGUUGUAUAGCAGCGCAGCAUAUUGUUUUCGAUGAAUGACACUGUCUGUCACAUGUAACAGCAUUUAUUCCCUCUUUUGAGUACCAGAUGAAACUUUUACUACUACACACCAUUCCAUUCACCUGUCUGAUCGACCUGUGGGGUUAUUGAGCUGAUUUGACUUCCUGUGUAGUCUUACAGGUUUUAGCGCCAGCGUUUGAGGUUGCUAACUGUUUCCAGAGGAAAAAGUAGGUGGUCACAAAGCGCACUUCAUAAUGAGCCUCAUAUCAUAGUUAUCUUGCG